CGGAAAAGCAUGACUGAGUUGAAUAUUGUCCUUCUGGAUACAUAACAAACAUGUCCAACAAUAAGAGAAUAACACUUAUUUUUGGAGGUUUCGUUACAGCUGUCGCGGUGGCGUUUUAUCCAAUAUUUUUCCAUCCUCUUACUCACAGUGAAGACUACAAGCAGAUACAGAAAGUUAAUCGAUCAGGAAUCAAUCAAGCAGAUGUGCAGCCUGUUGGUGUGAAGAUCUGGUCUGAUCCCUUCAAGCCAAAAUCAUGAUCCUAACAUAGCAUGUAGAAGUGGAAACUAAACGAAUGAAUGUAUGAAUUUGGGGAUUUAUGUGUCUUCACUGCACCCUAAAGUGUUUCACAAAAGGGAGGUUGGCAAUAAUUCACCGUUUUAAUAACUACCUACAUCAAAUGAGGCUCUAUGAAUCAAUGUGUGUGUUGUAUGAGUGUAUACCUAGUGUAAAUUAAAAUGAGAAUGUUUAAUCAACCCAAUUAAAUAAAAAAUAAAGACUAUG